AUGGCAGUUGAUCUGAAUGUGGAAGAAUUGUUAAUCAUGGGAGAUUCUGACUUGAUUAUUCGGCAAGCUCAAGGUGAAUGGGAAACCCGAGAUAUCAAUCUUAUCCCAUAUAGACAACAUGUGGAAGAUCUUAGCAAAUGGUUCAAGUUCGUCGAGUUCAAGUAUAUUCCUCGAUUCCACAAUGAGUUAGCUGAUGCACUAGCUACUUUUGCCUCAAUGUUGCCGUAUCCGGGCAAUGUCCACAUUGACCCACUGGAAAUCCAAAUUCGAGAAAGACAUGGUUAUUGCAAUGCGGUUGAAAUAGAACCAGAUGUUCAGCCGUGGUAUCAUGAUAUCAAAAGAGCUUUAUUUUCUUUGUUUGAUUCUGCUGUACAGUUUUUAGGCAGUAGUAUUCACUGA